AUCUUGGAAUGGAAGGACAGAAGAAAGCUCGCCUCAUGGAAUUGUAGUUGGCUCUCCUUUCACUCUGACAGUGCUGCCCCUUUUAGUUUGUGAAUCUGUACUUGGUGUGUUUAAUUUGAAACCUGUCAGCUGCUCUCUUGACUGGGGCACUUAAUGUUUCAUAAACUAGUUUCCUUGGUGUGAAGGAAGUAGAACUUUUGAGCUACCCACUGCAUGAUUUUAAACUGAUUUGAAUAGCCUAAGUAAUUACUCUUUUUUUUUUGCUUAAUGAAAUUUUCCAAACAUAUUAAAAACAGAGGGAAUACGCCAGCACAUCCCAGUAUCCACCAGUCAGCCUGACACCCACCACCACCUGCCUGAGCCCCAGGCAGGAGAUAACUACAGGUGUCUGAUUCUGGUGGCUACCAUGCUUUCAGGGCCAUGAGCAUCUUCAUGAGUGGAAGGCAGUUGUAGGGUUCUUGGAAAGGACUCAGACUGAGCACUUCAAGGGCCUGAGGUGAAACUCAGAAAUGGGCAGCGGGCAUCAUGGAGCAAGGCGUUGAGAGCUUGCAUGUUUGUUGGGUAUCAGAGAACAGGGAAGGCCUCUCCUCACCUGCUGCUCCUCCCUGUGUGGCAGUGGCAUGUCACAGUGUUCUUUACGUCCACACACCUUUGCCAGUCCAUUAGCCUCAUGGGUCAGAAGGCAGCACGGUAGUUCUUGGUGGAGGUGGGCAUCACCAGGAAUGCUUCGGUGUGAGCUCCCACAGUACAGUCUGGAGGCUCACACCAUCCUUGCACACAUGGCCUUCCUGUCUUAGAUAUUCUGCCUUAUUUUGGAAUGCCAUCUUUGCUUAUGGUUUUUCACUUCUGUUAAAGUAGAACAUGGAGUUUGAAUGAGCCUUUGGUGUAACUAGCUAUGGCAAGAAUCUUCUAAGAGAUGUGCUCCUUGGAGGUGCAAUGUCCUUAGCUUGUUUGCCUUUUCCAGAAGCCACAAAAUGGCUUUGGAGAUAAACAGGCCCAUGCUACAGAGUCACCGGCACAAGGCACCUGGUGCGCAGGAGCUGAGGUGCAGCCUGUGGUUAAUUGGUAAUAAUCAUGUCCCCACAUCUGCACGGUGGGGGCUGUUUCUCUCAUUUCACACCCCAGUAUCCACCAGUCAGCCUGGUGCAUGUGUGUGGGGAAUAUUUAAAGGCAAUGUGACGUUCUGACUUGUCUGCAACAUUUCAGUGUCGCCUAGUUGGAAGGCCAGGUUUACGGGUCCAAAUUGUCCAUAGUACAGAAGACCAUUUAUCAGGUGAAGCCCGUAGACCCAUAGGCACAGCUAUAACCAAAAGAAUUCAUGAAAGGAGUAACAACUGAAGGUGAGUGGGUUUCCUCCACAGGUUUUCUCAGGUUUUUAAAUGCAGGUCACGUUGCAGGCUCUUCUGCCAGCUGUCCAUCCAUGCAAGGCAGUUGGUCACCCCGCAGGCUCACUUCGGAGAUGAAGAGUGCUGGGUUCAGCAGCGCCUCCUGUCCUUGGGUCUCUGUGUAUUUGAGGUGGAAUUGAUGAGCUUGGGAACCAGGGAGAAGCGGUGGAGCUGCUGUUGCCUUGAGCUGCCUGUGUCAGGCAAGGUCUCCGCCUCGCUGUGACUUCUGCUUCCUGGAGACACAUCUGCAGGCGUUCCUCACACAAACAAGAUUUUCUCCCUCUUGUGGAUCAUGGUGUGUGACUGACAGCUUUGGUAAUUUUCCCAGCUGGCUUUGAAAGUGAAGCAGGCUGACCCGUCACCAAGGAUUCUCUGCCAUGGAGGGUCAUGGAAGAAUGGGAAGAGGUGCUGGCAGUCACAGCAGCCCAGGGUUUGUCCGUGCUCGUUUAUAGAUUUGUGUGCCCACCCAGUCCUCACUGGGCCCUCCCAGUUUUAGAAAUGUUGAACACUAGUGCUUGUAAGAUUCGAACAGUGAGUUUACCAGCUCUGAGAAAAACGAACUCCAGAACCUUGAAGAAUGAUUCUCUGUUAUCGCACCCACAUCACACCAAAUCCGUUUGUCAUCAUUGCAGACUUGAUCUUUCUGGUUUCGAGCACCAUCUCACAGUUAGUUGUCUUUUUCCAGUCUGCUGUUGACAGGGUUAGCUCAGCCCGAAAGGUGCCCCCACCUUUGAGGCAGUACCCGCACGUGAUGUCCAGUACCGUGGUCUUCCCUCUUGCUGCUGCCUGUCAGUCGUGGCAGAGAAAGUGCCAUCUGUCAGUCUCCUUUUUAUGGACUCCUCAUCUUGAGAAUUGUAGUUGGGCUGGAAGGGUGCAGGGCUAAGUGGGGUGCAGGGAGGAGCCCCCGGCCCAGGGCUGGCUUGUCUUGGUUUAUAAGAAGCUGUGCUGGGCUCUCCUGGGGCCUCUGCGAGGUGUGUGGAGGCAGAGGCUGAGCAACGGGAGCCACACGUAGUGAGGCAUGGAUUUGCUUUAAAAAAAAUCUUUAGCAUCAUCUCCCUAUAGCAGCACUUGAAAUAAACAAGAAGAAGUUAGGUGGGCCAGGCCCAGCAAGAGGGAGGAACGCAGCCCUCCAGAAGCAGAGGUCAGUGGGUGCUGGCUGUGACUGCCCUGUCCACAAGGUCACCCUCUGUCCUUGAAAACCCAGGUGUUGACUGUCUACUGUCCGUACAUAAUUUUUCACCUUAGGCCUCAAAGAUGCUUGGGUGCGGGGCAGCUCUCAGAAUCAACCAGAAGCCUGGAGAGCCUCCAUCUGGCCACUACCAACACCCAGCUUCAUAAUGUCCCUGUGAGAUGGCCCCUUCACCCACCCACCCGUCGCCGCGCGGCCCGUUUCUUCAGCUCAUCCAGCCUUCACUCAGGUGUCCAGGGGUGCCUCCUCAGUCCAACCUAUUUGAAGUAACACCCCUUCCCUACCCCUUUCACUUCUUUGAUUUUUGUCUACCUGCCCCAGAACAUCAGCUCCAGGAGGAAGGGUACUUUGGGUAACCAGAUGGCAAAUUGCUGCGGCAUGAUCACAGAUCUUGGUAGGAAAUCACCAUUACAGAGUGAAUGGAAGCGAAUCACCUCAAAGAGGGUGCUGUUGACAGCGACAUGUUUAGCAACAGUUUCCAAACUUCCUGGCUGUGGGCUAGGGCUGUUUGGGGCGAUAAACCUCUCUCUGCCACCAUCUUUUCCACCCUACCCUACAUCAGGAUGGAUGAAAGCAUGGCCUUGCUUUUUAGGGUGCUCGUGUCUUUAAGACCUGUUCAGCCCUAGGCUUAGGGAGCAGGCCCUGCAGUGCAGUGGGUUGGGCUGUUGGAGACCUGAGGGCUAGGGGGAAAGGGGUGGGUAAAUGUGGUUCUGUUCUAAGUGGAGGGCCCCGCCUUAGGCGUGUCUCCCUUGGCCGCUGGGUGGUGGCUGCUGCAUGGAGGAUGGACUGAGGUGGGCCCUAGUGGAGGUGGGGGCGACACCUGAGGAGCAGGCCCUGCCGCGUCCUGGGGAAAGGCUGCAUGGUUGAGGCCUUCCCCUGCUGGCUUCAUCCUUGACAUGGCAGCAGAAGCACACAGAGUGGGGGCCCUACCCCAUUGCCCCUGCCCCUGAGCCCAGAGCCUGACCUGUGAUGGGUCCUCAGGACACGUUUUGUCCAGGAACUCAGGGGCCCAGGGGCCAAUGACAACCUUCACAGGCAUCUGCUGAGAAGACACUGGCCAGCGCUGGAUUUGCCCAGCUCUCCCAGGCUUGGUCCAAGGGCUCAGGAGUGGACCCAUCCCUGCCCCGAAAGAUCCAUUUUAAAAAUCAGUGACCUUGGACUUUUACUCUCUCUGCACUUGGUUAAGACUUUAUCCCUAAUUUUAUUUGAGCGGUGAGGCAGGGACUGCCAUCAUCCCGCAUUUUAUAGACGGGACAGACGGCCUCAUGGCUCCCUGUCAUGUCCAAGGGAUGGGCUGGCACCUCUCGGACCAGGCUUACCACCAGGGCCCUUCUCUGAAGCCCCAGUCUGACCGGCCUGCUGCUGGGAAUCCUCCUCUGCCCCCACACUAACCUCGGCUGGGGCUGAGCCAGGGCACGUCGGACCAGCCAGGGCGACCCAGCCAGGGUGACUGUCGGCCCCGCUCCUAUGGGGCAGCAGGGAGGGACGUCAGCAGGGUGGGGCGGGCACCCGAGUGGUAUGCCCCGCCCUGCCCCGCCUGCCCGCCCUGGUGGCCGUCUGGGGGCGACAAGUCCUGAGAGAACCAGACGGAAGCACGCUGGGACUGACACGUGGACUUGGGCGGUGCUGCCUGGGUGGGUCAGCCUGGGCUGGGAGGCAGCCCCCGGACACAGCUGUGCCCACACCGUCUGAGCACCCCAAGCCCGAUGCAGCCACCCCCAGACGAGACCCGCAGGGACAUGGCCGGGGACACCCAGUGGUCCAGGCCCGAGUGCCAGGCAUGGACGGGGACGCUGCUGCUGGGCACGUGCCUUCUGUACUGCGCCCGCUCCAGCAUGCCCAUCUGCACUGUCUCCAUGAGCCAGGACUUCGGCUGGAACAAGAAGGAGGCCGGCAUCGUGCUCAGCAGCUUCUUCUGGGGCUACUGCCUGACGCAGGUUGUGGGCGGCCAUCUCGGGGAUCGGAUUGGGGGUGAGAAGGUCAUCCUGCUAUCAGCCUCUGCCUGGGGCUCCAUCGCGGCCGUCACCCCACUGCUCGCCCACCUGAGCAGUGCCCACCUGGCCUUCAUGACCUUCUCACGCAUCCUCAUGGGCUUGCUCCAAGGGGUUUACUUCCCUGCCCUGACCAGCCUGCUGUCGCAGAAGGUGCGGGAGAGUGAGCGAGCCUUCACCUACAGCAUCGUGGGCGCCGGCUCCCAGUUUGGGACACUGCUGACUGGGGCAGUGGGCUCCCUGCUCCUGGAAUGGUAUGGCUGGCAGAGCAUCUUCUAUUUCUCCGGCGGCCUCACCUUGCUUUGGGUGUGGUACGUCUACAGGUACCUGCUGAGUGAAAAAGAUCUCAUCCUGGCCUUGAGUGUCCUGGCCCAAGGCCUGCCGGUGUCCAGGCACAGCAGAGUCCCCUGGAGACGGCUCUUCCGGAAGCCUGCUGUCUGGGCAGCCGUCGUCUCCCAGCUCUCUGCAGCCUGCUCCUUCUUCAUCCUCCUCUCCUGGCUGCCCACCUUCUUCAAGGAGACCUUCCCUGAUGCCAAGGGCUGGAUCUUCAACGUGGUGCCUUGGUUGGUGGCGAUUCCAGCCAGUCUAUUCAGCGGGUUUCUCUCUGAUCAUCUCAUCAAUCAGGGUUACAGAGCCAUCACGGUGCGGAAGCUCAUGCAGGGCAUGGGCCUUGGCCUCUCCAGCGUCUUUGCUCUGUGCCUGGGCCACACCUCCAGCUUCUGUGAGUCUGUAGUCUUUGCAUCAGCCUCCAUCGGCCUCCAGACCUUCAACCACAGUGGCAUUUCUGUUAACAUCCAGGACUUGGCCCCGUCCUGCGCCGGCUUUCUGUUUGGUGUGGCCAACACAGCCGGGGCCUUGGCAGGUGAGAGUGGGCCUCCGUGCCUAGGAGUUCCCCUGUCUCUGGGGUUUGAGCCCACUGAGGUGCUGCAGGGUGGGGGUGUGCCUCCCUUCAGAGGGGGUCCCGGUGUCAGAGGAGGGCACAGACCCCAGAGCAGGCCCAGGAGAGGAGGAUGUGGCUGCCUUCCAGGUUUCACUGGACUUUGCUGACGACAGGUGGCUCAUGGGUUGCCAUCUGCCCUGACUCACAGAUAUGUUCCCAUCCUGGGUCCCUGGGGUCCCCGGGACACCACCUGGCCCCGCUGAGUGCCGUGGAUGAUGGGGGUCCUCCAGCUCAGCCUCGCCUGGGCCGGCCUGUGGCUCCCAUUUCUCCUUCAGCGGGACAAGGGGGACUUGUUACCAGGCCAUUUCCUGGAUGGCCUGUGAGAUCUCUGCCUCUCCAAGACCCUCCAAGUCGGAGCCUGACCCACAGCUGGGACACUGAAUUCAGCCCUGGGAACCAUGGGGGCUUCUGUCUAUCAGGCGCUAGACCCCCAGCCCUUCCCCGGCACUACCCUGGGAACCAGGGUGGGGCGUGGGGCCUGGGCUGCCCGGGAGCACUCAGCCUGCCUGGGCCUCUCUUGGGCAGGUGUCGUGGGUGUGUGUCUGGGCGGCUACUUGAUCGAGACCACGGGCUCCUGGACUUGCCUGUUCAACCUUGUGGCCGUCAUCAGCAACCUGGGGCUCUGCACCUUCCUGGUGUUUGGACAGGCCCAGAGGGUGGACCUGAGCUCCACCCACGAGGACCUCUAGCUCCCAAUCCCACAGCCUCUCCAAGGACCCAGGUGCCAGCAGCCCCGGGACAGAGGGGACUCAGUGUGUGGGACUUGGUCACUCCAUGUCAGACGCACGAGCAGAGAGGAACACAAACCACCGUGGAGCCCGAAGCUCCUUAAGGAGAGUCCACACCAGCUGGUGGGAGGGUGGGGUGGGCCUGGGUCCCGACCAGGCUCGCUGCUCUCUGGGCCUCAGUUUCCCCACCUGCCAGCGGGCUCGGCCCUGUCCUCCUCACAGGCUGGUGUGGCCGUCAGGGUGAGUGGGGUUAUCGUUAGUAGGCGCAGCCUCAUUCCCACCACGAUCUGUUCCGCGUGGUUCCCGCCAAGCCUCCCGUGGUCGCCGUGCUCUCCACAAGCCUCCUGCAGCGCCUGCCUGCCAGUGUGAGGCUGGCACCAGGCUGCAGCCUCCCCAAUCCCAGCCCACGUUGCUGUGUCUCUGGCAGGCUGUCCUCCUUAGUGCGAGCUGUCCUGUGCACUGUAGGAUGCUUAAAGGUAUCCCUGGCCUCCACCCACCCCCAGCCAGCAGCACCUACCCUCCCUCCUCCCAGUCGGACAACAGCCAGAAAUGUCUCCAGACUCUGCCCAGCCUCCCCGGGUAGCCACCCUUGAGACACGACCUGAGUCUCUGCGUCUCCCAGCAGCCUGACAGAGACCCCCAGGGCAGUGGGUGGGUGGCGGGCUAGAGACCCUUGCCCGUUUCUGGGACCCUGGCGCCGCUCUCCCCUCCUGUGGAUCCCUCCGCACUAACAGUGUUCUCAGUGGGCAGACGCCUGGGCACCCCUUGGGCCCUGCCCAGCAUGGCCAUGGCGCAGGCUCUCGAACCUGCACGGCUUCCCCAGGCCUGGUGAUUCUGCUUUCCAGGGACGGUUGGCACCUUCCUCGGGGGCGGGCCCCAUGCACCCCAGAACACACAGACCCACCUUUCUGGCGUUCUUUCUACCUCCCUUUUCAUUGCCUGAGGAGCUGGUGGUUUCACGAGUUAAUGAUACAUCUUGCAAGGUGUACACGUAGAGAAAAAAACCUAAAAAUGUGGAAAAGCACGCCAAAGCCUUAUUUAAAUAAUAACUAUUAAACUAUUCAAAAAGAA